CCGCGGCUCUAAGGCGCGCGCUGUCCCUGCCCGGAGGUCCCAGCUUCCGCGUCCCAGGCUUGGCCUCCACCCAGCCUGGGCCUCCGCCCCACUCCCGCCCCAGCCGCGUCCCGCCGAGCCCGCGGUCAACCGAGCCGCCAGUGACGCCCGCACAGCCACGGGGACCCGGGCGGGGGGAGCCAUGCCGUGCCGGAGGGAAGAGGAAGCCGGCGACGAGGCGGAGGGGGAGGAGGACGACAACAGUUUCCUCCUGCUGCAGCAGUCCGUGACUCUGGGGGGCUCUGCGGACGUGGACCGGCUCAUCGCCCAGAUCGGCGAGACGCUGCAGCUGGACGCGGGGCACGAUGGCCCGGCCUCGCCAUGUGCUGCCCCGGGCCCCCCGCCCGCGCCCCCGCGGGUCCUGGCCGCGCUGCCGGCGGACAAGGCCGGGGCCCCAGCGAGGCGGCUGCUGCGGCGAGCAGCAUCAGCGGAGGCCGGGGACCCUGCGCCCCCGGGGGCCGUGCGCUGCGUGCUGGGGGAGCGCGGGCGCCUGCGGGGCCGGGCGGCGCCCUACUGUGUGGCGGAGAUCGCCCCGGGAGCCAGCGCGAUGCCCCAGCAGCCCGGCCUUGAGGUAUCCCCGGGGAUGGGCAAAGUAAGCAUCCCGCAGCCACUGUCCGGCCGGUGCCGGCGGGAUUGGCUCCGGAACGCAGCCGCGUCCCGCCGCCAGCAACAGCGACGCGGAUCUCAGUCGGAGACCCGCACGAGCGACAGCGACCCGCCCAGGCUCCUGCAGCAGCUCCUGCUUUCGGGAAACCUCAUCAAGGAGGCGGUGCGGAGACUUCAUUCGCGAGGGCUACAGCUACAGGCAAAGCUUCCCGCUCACUCUUUCCUUGGGCCUUUGUCAGCCCCGGUGCAUGAGCCGCCUUUGCCCGGGAGCCCCCGCGUAGCCUGCAGCGACCCUGGCGAUUGCGAUGGUGGGCACAGCUCAGAACUGGGGACGGCCUUCUUGUCCCUGGCAGCUAAUAACCCCGGUGGCCACAGCACCAACCUGUAGCCGGGGACCAAGGACUUCACCCAGCUGGGGCUGGUGGAGGAAAAUAAGCUAAGGAAGACAGCCGAAAUAUCGCAAAUAUUUUCAUGAGUUGAGAGACCCAAACUGUUUGAAACCCACGACUUAGGUUUGUUUAAAACAGAUUAUAUAGAGCACACCGCAGGCUGUCAGCAGGACUCCUUUUUUUUGGCAUAAUCCAACCUAGUCGCUGCAAUUCCGCGCAGACUCUCCGGGCCAAGCAGGCACCACGUGGCCACGGUUCAUGCUCUCAGAAUCAACUCAGCCAGCUAUGGAACGAAGGACAAUGAUCCCCGUUACUUGCUGUACUUUCCAGGACUGGUUCCUGAUCCACUUUGGGGGAGGAGGAAACAGGAAUGGACAUAAUUUCGGGGAGCGCCCCGAAAUGCCACACUUGAACAUUUUAUGACAGUUAAAAGACCAUCUCAUCUUUUGCGGUGCUGGUUUCAAUGUAAAACAUGAGGUACCACAGCAGGACCCUCUUGGGGCUGAAUAGAAGUAACCGUUAUUUGUCUGCCCCCUCUUUUUUCAAAGGGUUGCUGUUAGCAGAGUGUUGAAAGAAAGCUGUACCCCAUGUGUGUAGGGCGGGAGGCAGCAGUUAGCAGUGCUGGGUGAUGGAAGGGCAUGGCGAAGCACCGAAGGAACCCUCCUGCCUUUGUAAAGUGUGUUUUUAAAGGAGACCCAUUCCUCUUUAGGUUCAAGGUCAGUUUCCUGGGUGUAUUCCGUGGGGUGGGACUCCAGCACAGACACUAACCGAAUUGCCUUGCUGAGGGAAGAGCACACUGUUUUGCAAAAGUUGGAGUCCUUUAAGGGCUCUCCUGCCAUCUCUGGGAGGGGGUGGGGUGGCUGGUAUUGAGUGUCUGUGCUCCUGGCCCGAGGCCCCCUCCCCUUCCACUUCUUCCAGCUUCCAGACAAACUGCCUGGAGACAGUGACUGCAUUCCACCUUUCCCCCUUGUUUCUGCUGCUCUACUCAAGUGGGGUGACGCUGCUGAUGCUAGGGGCCCGGAUAGGGGGCUGUGGAGGCUCCUCAUAAUGGGCACUCCAGGGACACAGUCUCACACAACCGUGUAUAAUGAGCUCUAGGGGCCAGCUCUGCAGGGAACAGCUGCAGUUCUCUGGAUAGACAGAGUUGAUUUCCUCCUUCUGACCCUCCCCCAGCUGUGCCAGCUGGCCUUUGUAAGGGAAGGAAACCUAGUAAAAAAUGUGACCUUCCAAAUGGGAAAGCUGCAGGCUUUUUGCUAUUGUGACUGUGAAGUGCUUCGAAAUACUGUUCACUCUGAGCGACCGUUUUCGUUUUAGUUUUAUGGAGUCAAUGGCUUGUUCAGCAUCCAGAUGUGGCUAUUGACAUAUCUACUCUUCGCACGGGAGUGACUGGAGUUGUGGCUGUCCUGAUGAUAGGAUUUUAACUUAACUGAAAUAACUGUUUUUGCAUAAAUGUAUUGGGUUUUUUUCCGAUAAAAAAAUAAUGAGAAGUCCAAAAGUAUAAACCAGGACAUUCUGUAUAUUUUUUACGAGUCUAGUGAAUGUAUACGAAAAUAAAUGAGACAUGCGUUCUUA